CCGAGUCGCCACUUCCUUGUCGAGACACACAGCACUCGAGCACCAUGAGGUUUAUAGCCGCCAUCUUGAUCGCGUCCAGCUUGCUGGUGGGCAGCGCCUUGGGCGUCGCUCCUCAGGCCUGCCCGGCCGUGUACGACCCCGUGUGCGCCGUCAGUCGCUGGGGGUCCUUGCGCACGUUCCCCAACCUCUGCACGCUGCGCGCCUACAACUUCGCCAACCAGUUCUUCUGUCUAAAGCUCCUUCACAGAGGAGAGUGUUUGUCGGAUCGCCUCUUCUGAACAAAGAACAUGGCACAAUGGAUCAUCGAAGAUAUGGCACCUUCACAUCAAGAUAAAUAAAGUUAAUUUACAAAACCAUGCAUUUAUUAGUGCACAAAAAUGAAAUUUCUGCAGUACAUUUAUGCUCUUGCAAAAAACUAUUUAUAACUAAAACUUAUGUCUUUUGUAUUGUAAUUUAUCCAUGUGGUUUUGUAUGGUUAUAUGUAAUAUUUUCUACCAAGAAAUAUGUAAAAAAUAAUAAAAUGGCCAAGAUUAAAAGCCUAUUAAUACAACAUAA